GCAUGGUCGCUGUCAAGUUUCUCUGCGCUGUGACCGAAACGACUCUUGGUUUCUUACGUUACUCCGCGGCUGCGGACGGUGGCAAGUCCUGGUGAGAUUCGUGAAAGUUGCACAGUUCGUUAAUGGACUCGCGCGUGAUAGUUUGAGUGAGUUCGAGAGCGGCGAAAGAGGAAAAAGAGCGGUGAGAAGUGAGCACGAGAGUUCGUCAUCGUCGCUCGACCUGGUUCGGUUGGUGGUCAUCGUGCGACGUGACAUAACCUUUGGAAAAGAUGUCUCACAAUCAUGCCGACCACAUGAUGACGAACAGUAUGAUAAACACGUCCCAUGAUACGCCCAUGGCUCAUCUAGGGAUGGAUCAUGGAAGCAUGAACCAUGGGAGCAUGGAUCAUGGUAGUAUGAAUCAUGGAAGCAUGGACCAUGGCAGCAUGCACGACGCCGAGGUUUCGACGAACGACGCGUGCAGCAACAUGGGCAUGCACGGUAUGUCGAUGACAUUCCAUACCGGCUUCUGUGAAGUGGUGCUGUUCGAAAACUGGAGGAUCUCGUCGAUCGGCGGCCUCAUCGGCUCGAUGAUCGGUAUCAUUAUCAUGGCCGCGCUCUACGAGGGCUUGAAAUACUAUCGGGAGUAUCUAUUCUGGAAAACAUACAAUGCUCUUCAAUAUAGAAGUGUUACAGUGCCUAGUGAAAAGAAUGUGGUGGCCGAAGAUAACCGCGUCGUCCAUAUGAUUGGCGAAGUAAUCCAUAAACAACCGCCAACUAUGAUGUCCUGGAUGCAUUUCUUUCAAACGCUUCUGCAUAUCGUGCAGAUUGUCUUGUCUUACUUCCUGAUGCUAAUCUUCAUGACUUACAAUGUUUGGCUGUGCUGUGCCGUGGUAAUAGGUGCUGCUAUUGGUUACUUCCUGUUUGGUUGGAAAAAAUCAGUGAUCGUAGACGUUACGGAACAUUGUCAUUAGCAUUUAAUAAAUUCCUCUGAUCUAUUUUUUUCUAAACCGUACUUGCGUAAAAGUGUUCACGACUGUAUUCUAACAAAAAUCCGGAAAAUAAGAGGAAUACUGAAAUGAUACGACGUCGUCUUUUACAUAAAAAAGACGUAUGGGGAACUAAUAUUUUUUAAAUUCAUGACACACGGUGAAUAUAUAAAUAUAGCAGGAUUCAGCGAAAUAGAGAAAACUAUUUAUUUUAGUUUCAUAACUUAACUAUUAAUCUCUUGCAUAUAAUUCCUUGUUUUUAGAAAGGUAAUAAAUCAAUUAUUUUUAAGUUUGAUCCAACAUUCUAAAUAAUUUUAUUAAUUAUAUGUAAAUUCUACAUACAGGCAGAGAAGAUUUUGUUAAAAUUCGCUUUUGUGUCAUGAAAUGAUACAAUUUCAUAAGAAACUCUGGGAGUUUGAAUCUUAGACGUAUAUAAAUAUGGCAAAUUGUAAAUAUUAAGUAUUCAUAAGAGAAUACGUACAUGUCGAAUGCGCACAUCUUUUCCCAAUUUUAUAUUUUUACUAUCCGUUUUUAUUGUUAUUCUUUUAUAAAAAUAUCAUUAUCAGUAACUUUUUAAUAUUUGGGAAAGAGUGUACGCUACAUUAUUUUAAAUAAUUGUAAAAACAUACCAUUAAAAUGCGUAUUGUUAUAUACGUUAAUAUGUAAAUUAUGAUGAAAUAUAGCCUCAAAUGCGAAACUA